AUGGCUUCAAAAGACGAUUUCAAGCCAGCGUUGCUCAUCGUCGACCUGCAGGAAGACUUCUGCCCCCCAAACGGCUCCCUCGCCGUCGCCGGUGGCCGUGACAUCGCACCCAUAAUCAAUACCCUCCUCUCCCUCCCCUUCACACUAAAAGUCGCAACCAAAGACUUCCAUCCCCCCGACCACAUCUCCUUCGCCUCAAAUCACCCUCCACCGAACAACAAGCCCUUCGAGUCCGUCGUGACAAUCGCAAACCCCUACAAUGCCUCCGAAAUAGAGCGCACGCGUCUCUGGCCCGACCACUGCGUCCAGGGCACGCCAGGCGCGGAGCUGAUCUCUGAGCUCGAUGUAGCUAAGAUCCAGCAUGUGGUCGAGAAGGGCCAGGACACGCGGGUCGAGAUGUAUUCGGCGUUUGCGGCGCCAUUUCGGGAUCCGCCGGUUGCGAAUAGCGGGCUGGCGGAUAGGCUGAGGGAGAGCGGUGUCACGCAUGUGUUUGUUGUGGGCUUGGCCAUGGAUUAUUGCGUCAAUUUCACGGCGGUGGAUGCGGCGAAGGAGGGGUUCAAGACGUAUGUGGUUGAGGAGGCGACGAGGGCUGUGGAUCCGGGGGCUUGGGAUGAAGUCAAGGUGAGUUUGGCAGGGCAUGGGGUGAAGAUGGUUAGUGUUGAGGGGAGGGAGGUGGAGAGGGUGAAGAGCUUGGCCUCGUAG